UUGCAAUCAACUGCCACACUGAUUCUAACCUAAAAAUUUGUUUUGUUUAUGUGAAAAACGCCCAUUUGAUUUAAAUUUAAAAAAAAAUCCCUCAAAAUGAUGCAACAAUACAUGAAAGAGUUGGAACAGGAACCUUUUGAUCCAGAUGAAUUUAUUGAAAGAUUGGCUUGGAGAACGAUGUCUGAAGUUAAAUCUGACGGGGAGGAUUUUAACCCGAAUAUAUUGCAUGACUCUUUUGUACAGGCAAUCAAGGACUUGACUUUGCUUCAGGAACACCAGCAAAAGAAAUGCAAGAAAUUGGAGGCUAUAGUGCGAGAAAAUGAGGCUCAAUUUUUCGGCGAUGUUGCCAAGUUGACGACGGAUAACAAGCAAUCGAUGGAGACUUUUCAAGAGUUGGAUGGUAAAAUAACGCAUGUAGCAUCAAAAGUUUUGCAUUUGGGCGAUCAACUCGACAGUGUUAAUGGCCCCAGGGCCAGAGUUGUGGAGGCACAAAAAUUAAUGACACACUUAAACGAGUUUUUUACCACUGGCCCUCUAACGUCAUCUUUAUUCACAGAUCCUAAACGAGUAGAUGAGGCUGCAGAUGUGAUACAGAAACUAUUUGUUAUUUCUCAAGAUUUACCCAAUGAAAAAUUUAGCGGCGUACUUGAAAAAAUAAAAAGAAAAUAUGCGGAUAUUGAAAGAUCUUUAAUUGAAGAAUUUACUGAUGAAUUAAAAAGGGAUAAUGUCGAUAGAAUGAAGGAAAUUGCUAGUGUUAUGUACCAGUUUAAGGGAUAUUCUCGCUUAAUUAAUGAAUACAUAGAAUAUAGUCAAGCUGGGUGUCUCCACACAAAAGAAAUUUUCUACAGUCAACUCUUGGAGUUGUGUAGAAAAAACUACGAAAGAAUAAAGGAAGUUUUCAUAAAUCCUGACCAGGUUAUGUCCAAAUUUGUUCUAAACAUUUAUCAACUCAAAAUCCAGGAACACAUUAGAUUGAGGCUCUCUGAUAAGUUGGAAACAUAUAAUUAUUUGAAGACUCUCUAUGAACUAUUAUCAAAGACUAACCAACUGUCAAAUGAUUUAGCUAUGGUGCAUGUUAGCAGUGACAAGAAUUUUUUGAAUAAGUUAACAUCAAAUAUUUUUAGCAAAUAUAUUGACAAUUAUAUACAAUUGGAAUUAAAAUGUUUGAGAGGUAGAUGUUCGACGAACCUACAAAGAUAUUACGACUCUAAAAAUCACCAGAAGAAACAAAUACAAUCAGGAGGAUUUCAGGAUUUAAGAAGAGACAUACAGGCUGUUAUAGGUACAAGAGCGAACAUAAAUAUUGCGCAAAUAGAAAAUUAUGGCGGUGAAACUUUUUUGUCAGAGGAAUUGGCUAUAACUGUACUGCAAGAUACAAAACAUGCCUUUCAAAGGUGUCAAUUGCUUUCAAAACCUGAAGACAGGGCGUCAAAUGCAACGCAAAUCUUGGACUAUUUAAUCAACUGUCUACUAACUGAACAUGUAGACUAUGCUCUGGAAUUAGGUCUACAGGCCAUUCCAGUGGUGGAGGCGGCUAGAACUCCGCCCGUCAUUUAUUUUUUCAGCGUCGUCUAUCAAAGCAACAAUAUAACGCAUCUGCUCGAAAAACAGUUCAGCGAUUUGGUGGUUCCCCUAGUUAUAAACUCCGUAAAAUACAACGAUUGCCUGCAAAAAAAGAAAUUCGUGCUUGAAGAUAUCGAAAAAAAAGUCAACAACGGAAUAGACAGGUCGUUGAACGCCAUAGCCGCCUGGAUUAAAAUGUACUUGCAGGCGGAACAAAAGAAGAGCGACUUUAAGCCCGAAACGGACGAUUUUGACACAGUGGCGUCUCCUGCGUGUAAAUUGGUGUCGCAAUACAUCACAAGCAUGAUUAAGGAAAUAAAAUCGAAUUUGGACGGUAAUAAUGUCACCAUAAUUUUGCAAGAGUUGGGUAUAAGAUUGCACAGGGUUGUGUAUGACCAUUUAUUGCAAUUCCAGUACAACACUGCAGGGGCUAUGGUCGCAAUCUGCGAUUUAAAUGAGUAUAGAUCCUGUACUAAACCGCUUGGACUCUUAGUACAAGAACUGUUUGAAACUUUACAUGCCCUUUGUAAUUUAUUGUUGGUAAAACCUGAAAAUCUCGCCCAAGUUUGUUCGGAAGACUCAUUGGUAAAUUUGGAUAAAUCAGUAUUAAACAAUUUCAUCCAGCUAAGAAGUGAUUUUAAAGCCCAAAAGCAGAAUAUUUUAAAAGUUUAAAAUUGAUUUUUUAUUCAUUUAGUUUUAG